AUGGCUUUUAAGAACGGACUAAGUGAACGCCUCGAUGAGCUUCGAUUCCCAUCUCCCCGCUCGCCCCCUUCGGAGACUCCCUUCCCCGGCUACAACCCGCUUUCCCCAGGCCACUCGACCUUCGUUUCUGCGUUUUCGCGGCCCUCAGGCGACGUUCGGGGGAACCUUCAACGUCGUUUCACCACGGACGCGAGCAAGCUAUCAUCCUGGAGCUAUUUGAACAAUGUGGGAAGCACUCCUCAGAUGCCUGAUGCGCUAGAUUUACUCUCAUCGUUUGAAAAGAAGCGCCAACACAUUGAGUACAUGCGAGAACAAAAGAGAAGAUUUGAGGAGGAUAUGAAGCUUUUCGAUAUGCAACAUGAGAGAGAGCAGCAGGAAAUGGAUCAGCUUGCCAAGGAUCUCGCCAAAGCUGGCAUUUCUGGACCCGUCAGUGAGCCGACAACACCCCCAGAGUAUCGGGAAAACGGCUUUCCAGGUGGUUUCUCUCGUCCUACUCGCUUCUCAACUUCAAGCGUUACAUCCUCUCCCGGUUUCUUCAACGUCUUUGCUCCCUCGGUCACCUCUCCGCCUAGCCAACCGAGCCACGACUCUGUCCAAACUCCCACGAACCGCUUCGCAGUUCAUUCUGUUCCUGGCUCUCGGAGGAACUCUGAAAAAGAAGAUUUUGGUCACGAGCCCACCUCGCCUUUCCGUCCUGGUCCCUCUAUUCACCGCUACUCGAUGCCCGCUACCGGCCUGGGUUCUCAAAUCCGUCCAAAUAUUUCAGGUUUUAACAAUUCAUCCGGAUUGGAAAGCUUCAACGCAGCCAAAUAUUUAUUACACCACGACGACGAUAGGUCAACUUUAAAAGACGAAGACAGGAUUCCAACCCCAGAUAUCAAGAGCUAUCUGAAAUUGACGGAACCGGACGAUAAAUUUCCAACUCUAUCCCGUCGAGAGGACUCGGGCCUACUUUCUGCGAACUCCGACGCACUGGAUCUAGCGAACUCCAGGACUCCGAAUCCCGAGUCUUGGAAUUCACACAACCGUCACCGGUCAUCCCAUCAGAGUAUGCCUCAGAACGCCCUGAACAUGUUCCGCCUCGGUCAAAUUGGUGGUUCGGCUGACGAGGGUCAUACUAACGCCUCAAAUAAUUCACGACAUGCUGCACGCCACUCUCUCGAGGCAAAUAUUCUCUACAGCACGGAUGGAAACCAUGAUGCCAUAACUUCAACAUCCUCCAGCCGUCCAGCUCCUCUACAAUCAUCGUACUCGACCAACGAUCUGCCCACGGUCAAGGGUGAAGGCUUUAACCCCGCAAUCACACCCCCGAAGACCCAUGCUGAACAAUUCCAACAACACAAUGUCAAUUUGGGCCGGAUUCCCAUUAAUACCGCUUCCACCCGCCCUCAGAAGGAUUCGCCUGAACGUGAGGAGGCCAAUCUUCAAAGCUCCAGGGCGCAGGCAACAACACUGCAACCAAGUGCCACACCUUUUGGGCCGCAGAUUACUACUGCUGCUACGUCGGCGAGUAGCACCACGGUUUCUCCUACAUCCCUGACCACUUUCCAGGCUCCGUUCUAUGGUUAUGGCAUCCAACCUUAUAUGGGAACUCCCAUGCAAGUGAACGGCCAGCUUCAGGGUUACAAUCCUUCACCCUCUUUCUCUGGAUAUCCACCUUAUAGCAAUUAUCGUCUCGCGGAUAAUCCGGCCAAGUCUGUUGGAUCCCGCAGAAACGGUGAUGGGGAUUCCGCUCAACUCUCUCGCUUUACCAAUUUCCCCCUUGAACAUUACCGGGGCGAACUCUACGGUCUUUGCAAAGACCAGCAUGGUUGUAGGUAUCUCCAGAGAAAGUUAGAGGAACGCAACGCGGAGCAUGUCCAGAUGAUAUUCGACGAAACAAAUGUGCAUGUUGUUGAGCUCAUGACAGAUCCUUUUGGCAACUAUCUCUGUCAGAAGCUUCUCGAAUACUCCAAUGACGAGCAACGGACAGCUCUAAUCAACAAUGCUGCCCACCAGCUCGUGAAGAUCGCACUCAAUCAACAUGGGACCAGAGCUCUCCAGAAAAUGAUCGAAUUUAUCUCAACCUCAGAGCAAACACAAACCGUUAUCCAUGCCUUGAGGGAUCAUGUCGUGGAACUGGUGCAGGAUUUGAAUGGAAACCAUGUUAUCCAAAAGUGCUUAAACCGCCUUUCUGCCGAAGAUGCUCAAUUCAUUUACGAUGCUGUUGGCGGCAACUGUGUUGUCGUUGGUACCCACCGUCAUGGCUGCUGUGUCCUCCAACGUUGUAUCGACCAUGCUUCGGGAGAACAAAGGGCUCGCUUGAUCGCCCAGAUAACUUCUAAUGCAUUCGCACUAGUUCAGGAUCCUUUUGGAAACUAUGUUGUGCAAUACAUCUUGGAUCUUGCGGAACCCCAUUUCACUGAGCCCCUUUGUCAAGCCUUCCGUGGUAAUAUCCCAGCACUCUCCAAGCAGAAGUUCAGCUCGAACGUGAUCGAAAAGUGCCUCCGGACUGCUGAAAUGCCCAUCCGCCGCCAGAUGAUUGAGGAGAUGCUGUCGGGGGUUGAGCUCGAAAAGAUGCUUCGAGAUUCGUUUGCAAACUACGUUGUGCAGACAGCGAUGGACUUUGCUGAUCCAGAGCUGCGUAACACGAUCGUUGAGUCAGUCCGUCCUAUUCUUCCUUCAAUUCGCCAAACGCCUCAUGGUCGUCGCAUUGCCGGCAAGAUGAUGGCCUCUGAAAGUUCUGGAAGAGGCAGCGCAGCUACUAGCGGGCAAGUCACCCCGAACGAGAUGAACUCUGCUCAGCUCCCUGGACCGUUGCAAACUCCUCAGAAAUCAUUCUUGUACCAACACGCUUUCCCAGUUGCGAAUGGCGGUGGUCAAUUCGGUAGCCAGAACUUCGUUCCUGCCUCCGGCACCGGGUCCAGCUCGAACACUCCCUCCGGUGCCAGUGAGAAUUCCUCCGGAAUUUUCAGCGCUACUACCCAGCAGCAAAAUGAAACUCCGCCCACCAUCGUGGUCCACGGGAUUUCUUCUACAUGUAAAUCAACUAUCGUCACCAAUGUCCUCUCAGCUCUCGAAGUGCCUCACGCGGUAGUUCGAAGUCCAGAAUGCAUUACAGGUCGCCAUUUACUGACGAAGAUACUUUGGGCCACCUUGGGCGCGCUCGGACGGAGAGAUGAAUGGGAGAAAUUCGGAAAAGGGAGGUGUGAGCAUGUCAGUACCCUGGCGGUACUGCUAGGCGAAUGUUUGGCUUCGACCCCUAGCAAACACAUUGAAAAGUUCGUGCUAGUUUUAGACGGAAUUGAUAAGCAGCGAGAAGCACCCCCUACACUUCUAUCUGCACUGGCACGUUUAGGAGAAGGAAUUCCGUCCCUUUCCAUUAUUUUGAUCCUCAGCUCCAAUCCUCGUCCGAUGUUCCUUCAGGCCAUAGGAGUCCCACAUAUCAAUUUCCCACCGUAUACACGCAGGGAGGCGAUUGCUAUCAUCUUGAACGCAGGCGUUCCAGCAGUCCUCGGUCUACCCGUGGAAACGUCGUCCCAGUUAUACAACCAUUUCGUCUCUGCUGUGUACGAUUCUCUAGUCGGGCCUACGGCAAGCUCUAUACCCGUUUUCAAAUCCAUAUGCGAGAAACUCUGGCCGCAAUUCGUCUCGCCCAUCAGUACGGGCGAAACUCCUCCUGGGGGCAAUCAGGAAUGGGAUUUUUCCCGACUCCUGGUCAAGAACCGUUCCCUAUUCAGACAGCAGGGCGAAUCAGCCCUUGUGCAUCACAUAGUCACAGAAGAAGCCCUUCCAAACCCCACUAUCAACGGCAUCUCCAGGCCAUCAUCUAUAUCAGCCGUCUCCGCACCUUCACCACUCCCAUCCCUACCAUACUUCCCUACCCUGAUCUUAACUUCCGCCUACCUGGCCUCCCACACGCCCCAAAGACUCGACACAAUCUUUUUCUCCAAAUUCUCCUCGUCCUCACUAUCCGCCCGAAACAAACGUGCCCACCACAGACGACGUCUAAAGCUUCUCUCGCAGGCCCAAGCCGAAGACAGCCGAGAACUAAGCCAAGACCCGUCUACCCCAAGCAAAAGAGGCAAGGGCAAGAGAACAAAGACUCGAAUCACAAAAUCAACUCUCGAGUCUGCGUUCGCAACCUCAUCCGCCACAACAUCUGCUGCAGGCGGAGGAUCUGGCAUCACCGGCCCGUCCACCAUUCUGACUGCUCGUCCGUUCCCCCUCGAACGACUUAUCGCCAUCUACCAUGCUAUUGACCCUAACCCACCUGCGAACCCGAUAAGGGUCACGGCAAUCUCGGAUGCGAUAUACGCGGAGCUUGCUACGCUGCGUCGAUUGCGGCUUGUUGUACCUGCUGCGGGACGCGCAAGUGGUAGUCGUAUGGGACUGGGGUCCGCGGGAGUCAAUAGUGGGAAUACUACAGCUGAUGUAGGCGAGAAAUGGUGUGUGAAUGUCUCCGGUGACUGGAUUGGCGAAAUGGCCAAGGGAAUUGGGGUUGAGGUUGGAGAGUGGUUAGCUGGUGGGCUGGAUUAA